AUGUACAAUGGAGAGAUACAAAGUUUCGACUGGUCAACUGCGGAUAUCGUUAAACAUGGAGCAACUGUUUCCACAACUAUCACCAAAAAAACUACUCACUUGGUAGUCACUGACGAGGACUAUCGAAAGAAUAGUAGUUCAAAAGUUUUGAUUGCAAAGGAUAAAAAUGAUGUAUCCAUUGUUACUUGGGAUUGGGUUCAAGACUCUAUUAACGCAAAGUGUAGAAAAAAUGAAUUAGAUUAUGUUCUUUCUGAACUUCCUGGAGAUGAUGUGGAUAAUGUGGAUACGAAUGACGCGAAUAUCAAUCCUGGGAAACACAAAAUUGAUAAUACUUCUGAAUCUGAUGUUGUUAUUCCUUCACGUAAAAAAAGGCGUGCUGCCAAACAUGUCAUUGAAGAAAAAAAAAUGGUCAAGAUCAUUAAGAAAGGCAAAGCACCUGUCGAUGAGUUAUUUCAAAUGAAGGAUUCAUAUCAUGUAUUCUCUAAUACUCAAGCUACUUGGGAUUGUCUUCUCAAUCAAACGAAUGCAGGCACCAAUAAUAAUAAAUUUUUUAUUAUUCAACUCUUGGAAUCGGAUUCUGGUGGCAGUUAUUAUGUUUAUUCAAGAUGGGGUAGAGUCGGAUAUGAUGGUCAACAAGCCAUGUCAGGCCCAUGGUCAUCUUUAGAUAUGGCUAAAUACGAGUUCGAAAAGAAAUUUCGUGAUAAAACUAAAAAUAAAUGGAUGGAUAUUUGCCAAGAUAAAUCAAGUUUUAAAGCUGUGAAAGGAAAAUACACCUUAUUAGAACGUGACUAUGGAGAUGAUGAGGUUGAUAUCUUAACUAAAAAUAAUGCAGUUGUACCUCCUCCUCCUAUCCCUGAAUCAAAACUUCAUCCAAAGAUCCAAAACAUAAUUAAAUUGAUUUUUGACGUUAGCUUAUGGAAUGAUACCAUGGUUGAGUUAAAUUAUGACGCGUCUAAAUUACCAUUGGGUAAACUUUCCAAAAAUACUAUUACUCGAGGUUAUGAGAUUCUUAAAAAUAUUGAGUCUGUAUUGACUAAAAAUGAUGUUGGUGACCUUGUUGAGCUUUCUAACGAUUUUUAUACAGUCAUUCCUCAUAAUUUUGGUUUUAAUAAACCACCAAUCAUCAAUAAUAUUGCGAUUCUUAAAACAAAAAUGGCAAUGGUAGAAGCAUUAGGUGAAAUUGAAAUUGCUAGUUCAUUAAUUAAGAAUGCAGAUAUAUCCAAGAAUCCAUUAGACGCAAACUAUGAUCUACUUGGUUUAGAAAGAAUGGUACCACUGGAUCAUGACUCUGAAGAAUUCAAACUUAUACAUAAUUAUGUAAAGAACACGCAAGGUUCUACUCAUCACAUUAAAUUAGAAAUUCUUGACGUGUUUGAUAUUGAGCGCCAAGGUGAAAGGGAGAGAUACAAGCCAUACUCAAAACUUCAUAAUAGAAUGUUAUUAUGGCAUGGUUCUAGACGUACAAAUUAUGUAGGCAUUCUAAGUCAGGGGUUGAGAAUUGCACCACCACAUGUUCCUGUCAGUGGAUACAUGUUUGGAAAGGGUGUUUAUUUUGCUGAUUGUGUAUCUAAAUCUGCAAAUUAUUGUCGCUCACAUGAUAAUAUUGGAUUUCUGUUAUUAUGUGAAGUUGCAUGUGGUGAUAUGUUGGAACUUGUAAAUAGUGAUUAUAACGCUGAUGAAAAAGUUAAAAAGCAAGGUAAACAUUGUACUAAAGGCCUGGGCCAAAUCGUUCCUGAUCCCAAAGGUGCUGUUUAUUUAGAAAACGGAACUAUGGUUCCCUGUGGAAAAGGAUUAUCUUCAUUAGAUACUGAUAAAUGUUUGUACUAUAACGAGUAUAUUGUAUAUGAUGUAAGCCAGAUUUUCCAAAAAUAUUUGCUCAGGGUCAAGUUUGACAAUCAAGGUUUUUAUUAA